GCCAAGAGGAGACCGCGGGCCUUGCCGCCCAGCCCCUCCUCCUCCCCACCGCCAGCUGCCAACCCUCUUCAGGACUUGUUCCAACAAACUAUUAAAACAUGGUGGAUUACUAUGAAGUUCUAGGUGUGCAGAGACAUGCCUCACCCGAGGAUAUUAAAAAGGGGUAUCGUAAAUUGGCACUUAAGUGGCACCCGGAUAAAAAUCCUGAAAAUAAAGAAGAAGCAGAAAGGAGAUUCAAACAAGUAGCUGAGGCAUAUGAGGUGUUAUCAGAUGCCAAAAAAUGGGACAUCUAUGACAAACAUGGAAAAGAAGGACUAAAUGGUGGAGUUGGAGGAGGUGGAAGUCAUUUUGAUAACCCAUUUGAAUAUGGAUUCACAUUCCGGAACCCAGAUGAUGUCUUCAGGGAAUUUUUUGGUGGAAGGGACCCAUUUUCAUUUGACUUCUUUGAAGAUCCAUUUGGAUUUUUUGGAAAUCGAAGAGGGACUCGUGGAAACAGAAGCAGAGGUGCAGGACCCUUUUUCUCUGCAUUUAGUGGAUUUCCAGGUUUUGGAAGUGGACUUUCUUCAUUUGAUACAGGAUUUACAUCAUUUGGUUCAGUGGGGCAUGGAGGCCUUACUUCGUUCUCUUCUAUGUCUUUUGGUGGUAGUGGGAUGGGUAACUUCAAAUCCAUAUCAACUAAGACUAAAAUAGUAAAUGGCAGAAAAAUCACUACAAAGAGAACUGUUGAGAAUGGUCAAGAAAGAGUAGAAGUUGAAGAAGAUGGCCAGUUAGAGUCCUUAACAAUAAAUGGUAAGGAGCAGCUGCUACGCUUGGAUAACAAGUAAUUCAACGCACGCAUUUAACAGAAAUAUU